AUGGAGGAGACGACGGACGCCUACAACUACGGCUUCGACAACGAUACGGACUGCGAGUACGCGGAGUGGGGCCCCUCGCUGGCCCUGCUGCCCACCAUCUACCUGCUGGUCUUCCUGCUGGGCACCACCGGCAACGGGCUCGUCCUCUGGACCGUCUUCAAGGGCGGCCGCGACCGCCGGCGCUCGGCCGACACCUUCAUCGCCAACCUGGCCGUGGCCGACCUCACCUUCGUGGUCACCCUGCCCCUGUGGGCCGCCUACGCCUGGCUGGGCUACCACUGGCCCUUCGGCACGGCCGCCUGCAAGGUCAGCAGCUACCUGGUGUUCGUCAACAUGUACGCCAGCGUCUUCUGCCUCACCGGCCUCAGCUUCGACCGCUACCUGGCCAUCGUGCGGCCGCUGGCCACGGCCAAGCUGCGCUCGCGGGUCAGCGGGCUGGUGGCCACGGUGGCUCUGUGGCUGCUGGCCGCCCUGCUGGCCCUGCCCGCCCUGGUGCUGCGGCGGGCGGCCGCCCUCGGCGGGGACACCAAGAUCACCUGCUACAUGGACUACGGGGACCUGGCGGCGCAGGGGACGGAGGGCGCCUGGGAGGUGGGGCUGGGGCUCUCCUCCACCGCCCUGGGCUUCGUGGCCCCGUUCGCCGUGAUGCUGACCUGCUACUUCUUCAUCGCCCGCACCGUGGCCACUCACUUCCGCCGGGAGCGGGCCGAGGGGCCCCGCAAGCGCAAGCGGCUGCUCACCAUCAUCACGGUGCUGGUGGCCGCCUUCGGGGGCUGCUGGCUGCCCUUCCACCUGGUCAAGACCCUCUACGUGCUGAUGGACCUGGAGGUGCUGCCCUGGUCCUGCGCCCUCCACACCUUCCUCAACAACCUCCAUCCCUACUGCACGGGCAUCGCCUACAUCAACAGCUGCCUCAACCCCUUCCUCUACGCCUUCUUCGACCCCCGCUUCCGCCACGCCUGCGCCGCCCUCCUCUGCUGCCGGACCCCCGGCCCCGGCCCCGAGCGCUCCGCCAGCUACUCCUCGGGGCACAGCCACCCCCCCGGCGGCAAGGGGGGCCCCGGCCCGGGGGGCAAGCUGGACCCCGCCACCCAGGAGACGCUCUUCCGCUCCUGA